AGAGCCAAGCUCUCCCAUUUAAAACACAGCAUCUGAACUGCUUUUCAUUUACUUUGCUCCCCUUUGAGAUGCCAGAAGUGAUUUCCUCUUGAAGUUGACUUCCUUUCUGGAAAUGAUUUUGUCUCCAACCAUGCUGGGGCUCCCUGCGCCUGAGCUUUGACUACCGUGCUCUUGUUUUAUUUCCUCGAUUUGCUGCCCCGCCAGAGCAGACCUCUUGAUUAGAAACAGAUUUUUGGGCAUAUUCCCAUUUCUUCCACCGCCUUCUCCUGCACAUCAUACACCCAUCGACUCCUGUCAGCUUUGGCCAUGGGGUGCGGGCUCAGAAAACUAGAAGACCCUGAUGAUAGCAGCCCUGGAAAAAUAUUUUCAACAUUGAAGAGACCACAAGUGGAAACAAAAGCAGACUCUGCUUAUGAGUACGUACUACUAGAUUUUACAUUAGAAGGCUCCUCAAAUCCAGAUGUUAUCAAGAUCAGCUCCGUUUUGGAUAUUGCCAAAAAGGUGGAAGAGUAUUACACUAGAGGCUUUGUGGUCGGGGCAAUUCACCCUGUCUUACUGUCAGUUGGACGAAGGAGACGUUUUCCAGCAAGUCAUAUGUAUCGAGUUGUAAUGUCACGUCUCAAACUCAGCCAGAAGCAUCCACAGAGCAGAGGACAAAGAUACCCCAGGCUUGUGAUUGAGGAGUGUCCUUUAACAUAUGAAAAACUAACAAAUGAAGCAGUAAAAGGAUUGUUAGAAAAGAUCAAUGAUGCUGCCAAAAGAGGGAUGAAAUUCGUUGGAUUUAUAACACAGCCUUGCCCCCCAUCUAAAAUCUGCAAUGGCACAGACAUGGAGGGAAAUGCAGAGUCUGAUUCGGAGCUUUGUAGAAGGAGCAAAGAACAAAGGAGACACAAUUCAGAUGAAAAUGUUAAGACAUCAAAUGAGGGGACCUUGAGUGGCCAGUCUUCUGAGAGUGGAACAGAGGAAGAAAUUCACCCAGAAGGUGGGCCGUUACAAGACACUGAUUUUCAGGACAGAAGAGAAGGCAGUCCAGGCCCAACGAAAUUAAGGAAAGAAGAUGACAAAUUAUAUACCGUCUUUAAUGUUUUUGAAGAUGAUUCUACUUGUUGGACUUAUCACGAUGGGGUUUUAUCUCUAAAAGUUGCAAGGAAAGGACCCGUGAUUAAUACUUUGGAUGCUGAUUGGCUAGAAUUAACCUCAUUUUAUUACAAGCAAGGGCUGGCGUUGAUUGACUCCUUUGUAUGUUGGGAAGCUUCUAAAUCUGAUUACUUGCCAAAAGCAUUGGAGGGCGUAUUUAUAUAUGAAGAAGAAGGCUCAGGAGUCCCUGGUUCAAACAGGAAAGGAAAUGAUGCAAUUGUUGUCGAACAAUGGACUGUCAUUGAGGGCAGUGAAAUCAAAACAGACUAUGGUCCUUUAUUGCACACACUGGCUGAAUUUGGUUGGCUGUUAACUUGUGUACUCCCUACUCCGAUCAUCCGACUGGACAGUGAAGGAAACCUGGCCACAAAGCAAGUCGUUUUCCUUCAAAGGCCUGUCAUGUGGAGCCCAGCUGCUCAGACACCUGAGAGGAGAACUAACAGACAAGUGAGAGAAGAAAAAGGCAAAGUUUCCAACAGAAGUGUUGGAUUAGACACUGCUACUUCACCACCUGCACAAAACCUACACUCUACAGAUGAGUUUCAUCUGUCACCGCCUACACAGUGCUGGGAUAAGGAUGGAUCGGCCCAAUAUGGAAGCUUCCCUGGAUUCAGCAGGAGCGAUGACAUGCUGAAGGAACUGGAUGAUGGGCAGUUUGACCAAGAAGAUGGAGUCACUCAGGUCACUUGCAUGUGACCAGGCACUGGAUUAGAGGGACCUGUAUAUAUUAUUUCCAAAAUGUAAAAAAUAGAUUCACUUUUUAUAUGCAUUGGCAGUUUAGGAAAAGCUUGUACUUCUCCUUUACCAACUCAGCAUUUACACUCCUAGUGAGACUCCAUUUACGUAGUGCCUAACAAAGAGUUUGCAAUUUUAUUGUUCCUAGGACAGGGCUAUGAGCCACUGAUGAUGAUCUCAGCAGGCAUCCUUAACAACUGGACAGGAAAUAACUGCAGAUGGGGUGUUGGCUUCUGCUCUCCUGACAAACAUAACACUUGCUCCAAAGUAUGGAAAUGAAAUACAGUAGUGUUUUUCAUGGGUUAUUUUUAAUUUCCUACGGUUUAAGAACAAAUAAAAGUUGUACAUAAAGAAUUAGGCAUCUUGCUCAGGUCUCUAGUUUAAACUCACACCUUGCUUUUAGUCCAGAACUCAAUAAUAUAAAAUUGGUACUUAAAAGCCAUAGGCCAUUUAACUGUUAGGCCACAUUCUCUGUCUUUGGGUCUAAAGAGCAUAAGCAAAUUUCAGCCUGUACCUUAAAUUCACUUUCUGUGAAUCGUAUGGACUUGUCUGAGACUUCAAGUUACUCAAAAUGUCAACUGUAAACUUGUAUAUCAUGUACAGAUUUCUUUUAAAAAUGCAAAAGGUUUCAGCUGAUAUGGGGAUAAUUCUUGAGAUCAGGGUAACCACACAAGGAAUGUAACCUAUGUGAUAUAUUUUGUCAGUGCAAAUGGUACUUGCAGAGAAGAGUGCUUCAACACCACAGAAAAAGCUACAUCUCUUAAUGAAUGCUCCAGUUCAUUGUCAACCCUCUCUCUAUUUAAUGGUAUUUGCAUUUUUUAAAAAUGUCACUGCAUAUUAGCAUGUAAUAUGAUAGCUCUGUCUCAGGUCAGGCUAUUGGCCUCUUCAAGCUUACUAUUAUUAGUUCAGUUGGUCUCACAUGUUUCAAAAACCCUCACGUUCCUACUAUUCUUGACCAUGGAAACUGGCUACAGCUCUGCCAUCUGAUGUUUGGUGUCAACAGCACCUCUGCUGAUUUAAGGAGGAAAGCAUAAUCAAGGUUUCCAUAGCUGCUACUAUUAAGAUGUGUUUUCUAGAACCAUUCCGCAUCAAUGUUUUAUAACUGAGCAUGCUAUAUUUUGAUAUACACACACUUUAUAUAGGAAGAAAUAUUUGCAUGUAUUUCUUCCUAUACAAGGGCAAAUCCCACUGUGUUCAAGGAAAUUAUUCCCAAAUAAGAUUACAUUUUAGUUCACGACCUGAUACUUAAAAACUUACAAAUAAAAAAGAAACAAAGAGAAUGGCAAAACUAUACUCACUCUAUGUUUGUAUUAGUCAAAGGCCUUAAAACACCUAAAUUGUUGGACAGUUAUAAAACUAACAAGAACAUCAAAAACAGAUUAAAAAAUGGCUCAAAAUGCA